UGGUCAUUCAGGUCUCAGUCGGCAAUCAGCCAAGACCGUGGUCUGGAGAAGAACCAGUUGCAGAGCUUUCUGGCUAAUUCACACAACAUCACAGGUGGCCACAGCAUCAUUCUCCAGGCAUUCAACCACAGCCUAAGCUUGAAGAGGAGGCCAAACCUUUCAUCUUGGACCUCAAGAACUUCCCUGACUUGGCCAUGGCUGACAUUGGCUCACAAAACCCCAACAUUCAGGUGACCAUCGAGGUAGUGGAUGACCCUCAAAUGGAGGUGGAGAUGGAUCUGGUUAAAGAACACAGCAAUAAUUGGCCCAUAUCUUUCUCCUCUUCCCCCUCCUCUGUGGUGGACUGGCUGGGUCAUAAGAAACUGUUCUGGUCGCUAUUCUGGGGCUACAAUGAUGCAGACUCAGGUGAGGAUGGUAUGGGACAGGCAAUAAAAGAGGAGCAAGAAGAGGAAGAAGACUACACAUCUGAAUAUGACAGUGGAAAGCCCAUUCCCAGUGGGCAAGGUGGGAUGGGUAGAGAAUGGGACAGCCAGUGGAACUUUGACUGGGACCCCACACAUAGUUACUAUGAUCAAGAGGAGGAAGAGUGGAGUGCUUGGACCCCUUGCAUGGUGACUUGUGGUCAUGGAAAUCAGACACGCACACGUUCAUGUGGAGAUUUUUGUAUAUCUACUGAGUCCAGAAGUUGUGAUCUGGACCCAUGCACUGAUGAUUUGAAUCCAAUCUCCAGAGAUUUCCCUUUUGCAAUGGAGAAUGGAACAGAACCUUUUGGCACAGAUGUAGACAGCUGUGAGAAGUGGCUAAAUUCUUCCCAUAAUGCAGUCAGCCUGCCGGACAUGCAUCAUGACCGAACCUACCACUGGAGGGAUGCCAGUGACCCCAAGGAGCGCCUGGAUAUCUAUAAGCCAUCAGCGUGGAGCUGCUUGCGAUCUGUGCUCUCAACAGAGGGCACCACACUGGCAGCCCAGCACUGCUGCUACGACAGCCAGGGCCUGCUGAUCACACGGGGCAAGGGAGCAGGCACACCGAACCUUAUCAGCACUGAGUUUUCACCAGAUCUUCACUUCAAGGUGGAUGUGCUGCCCUGGAUCCUGUGUAAGGGUGAUUGGAGCCGCUUCCACACUGUGCGGCCACCCAACAAUGGCCUGGACUGCCCCGAGAACCCACAGCAUGACGUCUUUAUGAAUGAGCUAGUGGAAGCAAGGAAGUACUGAAGUCCUGCCUGCCUGCUAGUCCUGUUUAACUACAUGGUUCAAUAGUUGAACUUUGCAACACAUGACAUUUAAUAGGGUGUCUCUGAGCAUGGUUCCUUGCCAUUUGUAUGCUUUAUUUUCAUAUUUAGGAGCGUGUGUGGCCAGUGAUCUGAAGGGGUCCAACACACACCUCCUAAGGUGCAUGUUUAAACUUUUUUAGUAAACAUGAUCAAAAGGAAGUAUAUAGGAUAAAUCAACUCCAGAAGGUAUUUUGUUACUAACAGAUCUGAUCUUUCAUCCACAACCAUGUUUCAUAUAAUAUUAAUACUGCUAUGAGAAGAGAAAAUAUGACUGAUCUUGUUAGUCAUUCAAUCUGAAUGACAUUAGUAAAGUCAGCCAAACCAUAAGGAGAGGUGAGUGAGUUUAAAUGCCACUCAAAGUUCCAGGCUAAGCAAACUCACUCUACCAUUAUCAAAGAGAAUCUGUUAGUAUUAAGGCCAUUGUUCUGAGGGUUGGACAAUAGGCACAGAAAAACAUGUCUGCAUUGGGUAAUUGCCUCUACAUAUAAGCCAUUAUAGAGGAAACAACGUGGGUUUGUCGUUUGUACCUACCAUCACACCAGCCCAGCAGAGGACAGGAUUUUGGUGUGAUUCUUUGUCCAUAAGGUGUGGACAUAGAUGACAGUAAACAAAACACAGUAAAUUAUCUUCCUGAUCACCUUAUCAGUGUCAAGGAAAUGCCACUUGAGGAUUAUCUCUUAAAGACUGUUAAAGAUUGAGCCCUUUGGGACCAUGAAGGGGUUGACGUGGUGAUGAUUUUCACUGCUAACUCAGGAGAACCCACUUUUGAGCUACCAUAGUUCAUUUACCUCUUCAGUAAUACCUGAUCAGAACUUUUUCAGACUUAAAACUAGAGGAGCUUUACAACUGGAGGGCACAUUUUUAGAAAAUGUAUGGUUAAAAGGUAGUUUUGUGUAUGUUUCACAUGCAGUUUUGUUAGUCUACUAUCAUGGUGCUAUUAUUGUUGGUUCCUCUUCUGUAAGUAUGGUGAAUUGAUUGGGAGCUAUAGAUAUUGUUGAAGUAUAUGCUCCUGAUCUAUAUCAUUUUCAGGUGCAUACAAACUGGUAUGCACAUUUUAAGGAUAGUACUUUACUUAAUGUAUAUUCAAAUGAAUAUGUAUACAAUUACAUUUUUUUUUAUUGUGGUGGUAUUAUUUUGAAGGCAUUACUUGCCAUUGUUUAAUAUCUGUUAAAUAUGAAUAACAACCAGAGUCCUUGUCCUUGUUCAGAUUAGAUAUGUGUCUGUACAGUAUUUAUUGUCAGUGUUCUUGAUAAUCCUUUGAAACGCUGAUACUACUCCAGGAUACUUUGACUUGAAAAAGUGAAAUAGUUGUGUCUGACUUCUCAACAACAAAGGAAAUUUUUUUUUCUAUAUUUUCAUGCUGUUGCAAGCUGAAAUAUGUCAUGACAAAUACCAAAAAAAAAGAAAAAAUAAUGAGUGGAAAAAAGUGGGUCUUUUGUGCUGGACCAUAUUUCAAGUCAAUCAUCAGAUUGUACAAGCUCCACAUCAAAAAUUCAUUUAAGCUCCUGAGCAUUGAUGUUGAUUUUAACACAGCAACCUCUGCUUGUUUCCCAGAGGGCCAUUGGGUAUUGCGAUCAAAAUACCCAUCAUCGCUGUAUCUGAGGCAUGGACUGGGUACAGGACAAGGAUAACGGUUGAUUGCUUUGUUUUUCCAUUGUCUGGGCCUUAACCAGGAACAUCCAGAAAUCUCCCUAUGCAAUAAGGCAUGUGUGUUGCGAUCUGGUUUCAAUUUGUAAACCCAUGCCAUGGUUUCAUACCGGGAAAGCCAGGAACAAGCGGAGUGCUCCACUUGGCCUUUUGAUUAUUCUUUUACAAACCUGCUCUAUCUUUCCCAUUGGACACUAACAAAGCUGUGGGAUCAAAUGGGAGAAGUAUCCACCCAACUUCGUUAGAUUUACAUAAGGAAUGUUAUACCUAGAAUAUUUCUUCAAGUUUCACAAACUAAAUGUGCUUGUCAGUCAUAUAAAUUGGGACUGUGAAGGAUCAAUAAAUACUUAAAUAUUCUCAUUA